UCUUCUUCUACCCCAUCUCCUUGUUUCACGUUUCCUAGUCUUUCUUCUUCUUCUACCCCAUCUUCCUAGUCUUUAGACUUUUUGAACCGAUUUUGUCGCAUUCUUCUUUUUUCUCUGAGUUAGUGCACUAAGGUUUUGCUCUUCAGCCAUGGCAGACUCAGAUUAUCGUUCUCCAAUAGUACUCUCUGUAACUCUUCUCCUCCUCUUCGUUACAGUCUUCUUCUUCUCUCCAUUAAACCGAAACCAAUAUCUUUCGCUCAAUCUUUUAUCUCCUUCCUCCUCCCUAUCUAACUCUUCUUCUACUCAUCAAAACCAACAAACCACCGACAACGACAAAGCCCUGCAUGUCGUUUCAGCACCGGCACCGGCGCCAUCGCUUCCGCCGUUUCACCAACAUGGGCCUCCCUCCACUCUCACUUUGCCUCAAGUACUCAGUCACAGUGUCAAAAACAAGAGCAAAACGCAAAGGAUUGAAGAAGAGUUGGCCAGAGCAAGAGCCAUUAUUCGCAAAGCUAUUCUGACGAAGAAUUACACCUCUGACAGGAAUGAGAUUUACAUCCCAAGAGGAAGUGUUUACAGAAAUCCCUAUGCAUUUCAUCAGAGUCAUAUAGAAAUGGUCAAGACAUUCAAGGUCUGGGCCUAUAGGGAAGGAGAAGUACCAAUGGUCCAUGAUGGGCCAACUACGUACCUCUACUCCAUAGAGGGCCAGUUCAUUUUUGAGAUGGAAAGUCGGCCAAGCCCUUUCAUGGCCAAGCAUCCUGAUGAGGCUCAUACAUUCUUCUUACCAUUGAGUGUGUCCAAGAUUACUGACUUUCUGUACAGACCUCACCAUGAGACAUUUUUUCAUCGACUGGAUCGCGUUUUCACCGACUACAUUCAUGUUGUACAAGAAAAGUAUCCUUACUGGAAUAGGAGUGGUGGAGCAGACCAUUUUAUGGUCUCAUGUCAUGAUUGGGCAUCACUUAUCCAACGUGAUGACCCCAAGCCGUACAAGAAUCUGAUAAAGGUGUUAUGCAAUGCAAACAUCUCUGAAGGGUUUAAGCCUACUAGAGAUGUCUCAAUACCAGAAUACAACUUAAAACGCUACGAGCUUGGCCCGCCCCGUUUUGGGCUACCCCCUGAUAACCGUACUGUCCUUGCUUUCUUUGCUGGUGCAGCCCAUGGAGACAUAAGGAGCAUUUUGUUCGAGCAUUGGAAGGAAAAAGAUGAUGAAGUUCGGGUCUAUGAAAAACUUCCUCAGACUAUAAACUACCACAAGAUCAUGGGACAAACCAAGUUUUGCUUGUGCCCGAGUGGUUCUGAAGUGGCAAGUCCUAGAGUAGUGGAGGCAAUGAAUGCAGGGUGUGUCCCGGUGCUAAUUUCCGAUUCCUAUGCAAUACCUUUUGCUGAUGUUCUUAACUGGAACAAGUUUUCUAUACAAAUUCCGCCCAAGAGAAUAUCAGAAAUCAAGACAAUAUUGAAGGCUGUUCCACACAAAAGGUACUUGACAUUGCAGAAGAGGGUGAUGAAAGUGAGAAGGCAUUUUGAGCUCAACCGACCAGCUAAGCCAUUUGAUGUAUUCCAUAUGGUGCUUCACUCAGUGUGGCUUAAAAGGCUCAACAUUCGAUUACCUGAUAAAUUUUGAGGAUUAGAAGGCAUCGCUUCAUUAGCUUGUAAAGAUUUAAUCACCGAUCACUUUUCUAACCGUGAGAUGAUUCUGUCUGUGAUUCCUUUUCCUGUGGAGUUUGAGUUAAGUUUCUGUUCAGAAGAGCUGUUUUUAGGUUGGAACAGACUGCUUAACAGUUCCAUGCAUUGUUGUAUAGACCAAGGCCCCAUCACAGGUUUAUAUAUGAAUAUAUGAUUCUUGAUUUAUUCUCUCUA